AUGGAAAAUGUUGGAGAUAGCACGAGCCCUCCUCCAACUGAGCGGGUGGAAGAGUCCGAUCCCUCGCCCUCACAAGAACACAAGUCUCUCAAAUUCUCAUUGCUUGGACCUUCUUUAUUGAAGGCUGGACAAGACGCGGUUGACCAACGCAAAGUUUCCGAAAUAAUCUAUAAUGCCUCCAAGGGCUCAAAAUUCUUCAAUCAUGAAGAAGCCAGAGAUAAAAUUCUCACGGAGAAAAUCGAGCAGAUUCUAGCCCAUAAGGCUCGUCUGGAAAAGCUAAACUUGUCGGCAGAUCUUCGACGCACAGAUGAAUACAUCGCUGAACUCGAACUUAGUCGGGACCUAUCUCAGACUGUAGUUCAUGUUGAUUGUGAUGCCUUCUUUGCUGCCGUCGAGGAAUUGGACCGGCCCGAAUUGAAGCAUUUGCCUUUUGCGGUGGGCAAGGGCGUUCUCACGACGUGCAACUACGUUGCUCGAAAAUUCGGCUGUCGUAGUGGAAUGGCUGGAUUUGUGGCAAAGAAGUUAUGCCCCGAUUUGAUCUGUAUUCCGCAAAACUACGAAAAGUAUAGUGCUAAAGCGGAGGAAAUCCGUGCAAUUUUCGCUCAAUAUGAUCCAUGUUUCGAAAGUGCUUCGAUCGACGAGGCGUACCUCAAUAUCACAGCUUAUUGUGAUGAAAACAAUAUGGACCCGCAAGAGGCCGUUCAACAAAUGCGUGCGAGGAUCGCGGAAGAGACCAAAAUCACCGUCUCAGCGGGCAUUGCUACCAAUACUAAGCUUGCUAAAAUUGCUUCAAAUCAGAAUAAGCCGAAUGGACAGUACUUCAUCCCGAGUGAGCGUGAAGCUAUUAUGUCGUUUGUCAAGGACCUGCCGGUUCGCAAAGUCAACGGCAUUGGUCGCGUCUUUGAACGCGAAUUAAGAGCAGUAGGCAUCGAAACGUGCGGUCAAAUAUAUCCGCAAAGAGCUUUACUAAAGAGACUAUUUGGAGGAAAAGCUUUCCAAUUCUUGAUGCAGUGUUACCUCGGUCUAGGAAGGACCAAAAUACAGCCUGCAGAGGAUUAUGAACGCAAAAGUGUGGGGACUGAAAGCACGUUUGCAGAAAUAAGUGACCCAGACGCUAUUCGAGUUAAACUUCGAUGGGCGGCAGAUGAACUUGCAAAGGAUCUUGCACGAACGCAGUUCAAAGGACGGACGCUGGUCCUGAAGGUCAAGUUGCAUACGUUUGAGGUGUAUACUCGACAAGUAGCGCCUCCUAAAGCCGUCUGGCUUGCGGAUGACUUAUAUACCUACUCAUUGCCGAUCUUGGCUAAGUUGCAAAAAGAAAUACCAAAUAUGAGACUACGAUUACUAGGGUUGAGAUGCACACAUCUUGUCAGCACGAAGAAAGUUGGGCUUGAUUUCUUUGGGUUUCAGUCUAUUCCGAAGCCGUCGCUCAAUACUGCCAUUACUGGUGAGAGCACAGAAGAUGUUGAUGCUGGACCGUCAAAUGAAUCCGGAGAUCAGCUUCAUAGGAGCGACGCACAAUCCGCCACGGAGCAAGAAUUCGAAGACGCUGCGCGCCAGGAAAGGGAAGACGACAUGGAAGUUCUAGAACAACUCAGUCAAGGGUAUCCUGACAAUUCAAUAACGUCCUUGCCCUACGUACCCCCUACAAACGAUACCGCUACCAAAUCAGAACUUCCUCCCGAACGAGCACCGGCUCAGCAUUGGACCUGUCCCAUCUGUUCUCGACCACAAGUGGCCGAUGAUAAAAAAUUCAAUGAACAUGUCGAUUACUGUUUAUCAAAAGAAACGAUUAAAGAAGCCGUCCAGAUUUCUUCGUCUUCUCCCUCAAUGGCCGUUGAGUCUGAGUAUUCUUCUAAAACCCCAUCCAAUUUUGCGAACGCCUGGAGUAAAGAGCAAUACUCGAGAAAGAGGAAGACAACCUCGGAGACAGAUCCACGACAGAAGAGGUUAUUUUUCUCAUAGAAUGUCGUCUAUUGUGGUUUUACGCAUUGCGCUCGGCUCAUACAUGCAUAUACAUGUCUUGUACAUAGAUUUAUUAUCUAUUUCUGAUGCAACCGUGGCACUUAACGUUCAAAAUAGGCGUUCAAGCCUUGGAAGACAUACUAUGAGACUCGCAGAAAAGAAGUACCAACUCUUGCUUUGUUUUUCCUC